AAGAAGAAGAAGCACCAACCUAAACAACACGGGGCCAUCGUGGAAGCCUUUGCCGGGUGACCAUUCUUCCUUUUCUUCAUUUCUCCUUCGCCUCGCCCCAGACAACAGCCCAAGGAGGGAGGAAAGGAAGGAAAUUAUAGAAGGCACCUGAAAUAAGACAUACCGGAGGAAGGGAGACGAGAGGAAGGACAGGAGGACGAUAUAAGAAGUGAAGUUUUUUCUCUGAUUUUCCCAAACUGAUUUUCUUCCUUGCCUUUCUUAUUCACGUAUAUUUCUCCUUGCUUCAUUCAUCUCCCUUACUAUUUCUUAUUCAUCUUUUCUUUCCUUUAAUUCCUCCGUCAAUUUCUCUUUCCUCUUCCUCUUAUUCUUCCUUAACUUCUCCUUUCAUUCCUCUUUCCUCUUCCUUUGAUUCCUCUUUCCUCUUUUCUCUUCCUCCUUUCAUUUCUCUUUCCUUCCUUUUCCUCUUAUUCGGCUUUUCCUCCUCAUAUUCCUCUUUCCUCCUCCUUUCAUUCCUCUUUCCUCUUCCUUCUUCCUCCUCCUUUCAUUCCUCUUUCCUCUUCCUUCUUCCUCCUCUUCCUCUUCAUCAUGGGGUGGUUCUUCGGUGACUCCCCCUCUUCCUCCCCCUCCUCCUCUUCCCUUCACGAUGACUUCCCUUCAGAGCCCAGCGGCAGCAGCUUCUCAAGUAGUUCCUUUGACUCCGGCCUUAGCUCAGGCCUGGACAGUGGCAGUGACAGCAGCGGCCACGGCAAGGACUCAGAGCUGCAGUCCUUCCUAAUGAUGGAGCAACAGAAGGCUCAGAUGCAGGCCAUGAUCCACAAGAUGAACGAGGUGUGUUGGGAGGUCUGCGUCGGGGCUCCGGGCAGCCGGCUGGACACACGGACUGAGACUUGUAUCUCCAACUGUGUGGACCGCUUCAUCGACUCCUCCCUCUUCAUCACCAACCGCUUCGCCCAGCUCCUCGCUAAGUCUGGGGGCUCCAUGUGAGAAGGAGGAGCAGGAGGAGGAGGAGGGAGGGAUGGUUAGAAGAGGAGGUCUCAUGUGAACUGGGAAGAGUAGGAAGAGGAAGGGAGGAGAGUAGAGAAAGGAGAGGAGGAGGAGUGGGAGAGAUAAUGACAUAGAAGAGAGGAAGAGAGACGGGGAGGAUAAGGUGAGAGAGAAGGGAAGAGGAGGAGAGAGAGGAAAAGCUGAAUGAAAAAAGGAAUGUGGAGGUAAAGAAGAAGAGAAAGGAGGACAAUGAGGAGGAGGAGGAGGAAGAGGAGCAUUUAUCUCUUCCUUUCUUCCUUUUAAACAUUAUCCAUUUUAAUUUUGUAUAUGUUUUUCUUUUUCCUCUAUGCUAACUGGAAGAGGACAUUCUCUCUCUCUCUCUCUCUCUCUCUCUCUCUCUCUCUCUCUCUCUCUCUCUCUCUCUCUCUCUCUCUCUCUCUCUCUCUCUCUCUCUCUCUCUCUCUCUCUCUCUCUCUCU